CAGUGAGGGGAUGGGGUGAGGCUGUAUAGUGCCCUAUAUGUGCCAGGCUCUGCACCGUCUCUGUAACAUGUAGUAAUGGAGAUGAAUGGAGUCAUUCUUCCAGCCACUGAUGUGACCCUGCUUCUUGCACGAUGUUCCUUAUUCAAUGUAACCAGCAUCUACCCAGAAUAUAGUUACAUAUAAUUAAGGCUAUUGGCGAUGAUGGUAUUUCUGCUGUAACGUGCAGCCACUGUGCAUGCCAUGCCGGGUGUCAGAGUGCUUACAUAGAGGACAGCCUUCACACCAAUAAGCCAUGUGAGAGGAAGAAGGAAAAGGUUAAGCAGCGGAACACUGAGUAGGAUGGGCAGAGGCUCCUGGCUGGAUGUGCUGCAAUGACAUUGGCGCGGCAGGAGGAGAAGCUUAGCAGGGAGAUAAGGAAGAGGCUGGAUCAGCAUAACCAGCAGCAGCUGAGCAGAGAGCGGAAGGCACACCUUACUUAUCAAUCCUAUGGCCAUGGCCAGGAGACUGAUUACAGCCGCUAGAACUAUCCUCAGCAGGAGCUGCGGAACUGCGCUUCUUCCAGAUUCUAACAAAACGUGUCUGGGUGACAGUCAGGACAUAGCUCCGUCAUGGUGAAACACAUUGGAUGUUAUCUGUUGGUAAGCAGUCCAGUUCAGAUAAGGUCCUUGAAAUUGGAGUUGAAAACUUACUAUUUUAUGCUUGUAAACAUCCGACAGCAACAUGAGCAAAGAAGGAUUGAAAAGUAAACCUAAAAAGGUUAAAAAGCUGAAGAAAAAUGCGGAAGCCACUUGUGAAGCAAAAAGCAGUGACGUUGUACCUACAGCUGAGAGCUAUGUAGCAGGAGAAGUGGCCGGCAGCUUGUUCUCCAAGAUAUCUCCUCAGAGUGUCACUCCGCUGUUCUCUCUCUUUGAUACCAAGGCAUGCGCUGUUCAGCCACUUUACGUGCCAGUUGUAGUUACAAAAAGAAAAGCGAUUGAAACAGGGGAUACAAAGCAAAGUAAAACAGCGCUGGUUGUUUCUCACACAACAGAGAAAAAGAACAAAGUGGCAAAAAAAGAGCUGAGUAUAGCGGAGAAGAAGCUGGAAGACAGGGAGCAGGCAUUGGCGAAUGCAGAUGAAGAAGAAAAGACAAAGCGCACUCUGGCUAAAAAUAAAAACCUGAAAACCAAAACCAGCUUUGAGGAUGAAGACCUGGUAACACCGCAGGCAAAGAAGAGAAUGAUCAUGGCAGGAGAGAGAGUGAAAAAUAAAAGAACGGUGUUUGUUGGUAAUUUGCCCGUUACCUGCACUAAACAGAUGCUGAAGUCAUGCUUUAAGGAGUUUGGACCAAUUGAAUCAAUGCGGUUCCGCUCUGUGGCUCGAGCAGAUCCCACCGAGUCCAGGAAAGUUGCUGCUAUUCACCGGAAGGUACACCCUAAAAGGAAAAGUAUUAACGCAUAUGUGGUCUUUAAAGAACAGGACAGUGCUGCUAAGGCCCUUGUGAGGAACGGGAAUGAGAUCAGCAGUGGCUUCCACAUCAGGGUUGACCUCGCCUCUAAAAGCUCCUCCCAUGACAAGAAGAAAACGGUGUUUGUUGGGAACCUGCCUUAUGACAUUGAAGAUGAAGCCCUCCGAAAGCAUUUCUCUGAAUGUGGGAGCGUAGGAGGUGUUCGUAUAAUCAGAGACCACCACUCUGGGAUUGGCAAAGGUUUUGGCUAUGUUUUAUUUCAGGAUUCAGAUGCCGUGCAGCUUGCGCUGAAGAUGGAAAAUUCUGAGCUGAUGGGGAGAAAACUUCGGGUAAAACGCUGCCUCGCGAAUGAGACGCAGAGAACGCAGAAAAAUCCAUCUUUCAAACCGUUGGAAUCUCUAAAGAAAGGACAACGUGCGAAGCAGAACACGUUCGUUGGUGAAACUGCUGAUGGUACAAAGAGUAAAAAGAAGAAGCCAAAGCUGAAGAAGAAAAAUAAACUAAUAUAAAUCCGUUAUAAGGAGAAAACAAUUUGUUUAUUUUUUUUUUACAUUAAUGCAGAAAAAUCCAAUUUUUACCGUGUCGGAGAACUUUGAUAUUUUAACUGAAGAAAGCCACAGCCAGUGUCACAUUCUGAUUUGCAAUUAGCUUAUGGCAGACUUAGGGGGACCUGUGGGGCUUCAGCUGUGGCUGAUCUGUCUCCUAUCACAGCCAUUAAUUAUGUACAGAUGUGGCCUCAUACAACAUUGCUGUAGUCACGCCAAACAGCCCUUCUCAGCACGCCAGCUCCUGCGAGACUGUGCUAACGUUGGGCGUCUUAGUCGCAAUGUGAUGUGACUAGGAUGCACCAGGAAACUCUGCCGAUUAUUAUGCAACACUUGUGACUGUAUAUGAGGUGCUGUGAUAUUGGCUAUUUCCAAAGCAAGCCGUAACGAGACCCAGUGACGCAGAUAUACAGGUGCUGCAUAUCAGUCUCCUGGUGCGUCCUAGUCCCAUCGCGCUACAUUGUCGCCCAACGCUAGCACAGUUGCAUGGGACCUGGCGGCUUGCACUGUGUGGCUUAUUGAGGAGGGUGUAGUAUGGUAUGACGGCGACCGGGCUCCCGGCUACCAGCGCCGGGAGCUCGACCGCCGGCAUACCGACAGCGUGGCGAGCGCAAAGGAGCCCCUUGCAGGCUCGCCCCGCUGCGGGCACUGUGGCGCUACGCGCACCACGCUAUUUAUUCUCCCUCCAGGGGGGUCGUGGACCCCCACGAGGGAGAAUGUGUCGGUAUGCCGGGUUUCCGACAUUCGGCAUAUUGAAGACCACCCUGUGAGGACACAGCUGUAGCUCUGGUAGUCUAUUUACAUUAUUAGCAAUAGAAUCGCUCAGUCUUAUUUACCAUAUGUGGUACUAAAACUGUAGCAUUUAAUAGCAGACAUCCUUGGGAACAGACUACCGACCGCUCCCAGUGCAGGUGAUAGUACAUGGCAGCACCUCUCAUAGAUUCAUCAGCAAAACCAAGACUUUAUCAAGAAAAUCACUACUAGUUCCAGCAUUACUUACACCUGUAAUAUGGCUUAUAAGUGCACCUGUAUCCAUUCAUAAUGAACCAGUGACAGCACUGACCAACAUUCAUUAGGACCUGGAGAGGUGACGGAGUGCCUGCAUGUGGCUUCUGCCCCCACAGAAUGGCUGCCUCUGCGGAUUACAGAGUUUGGUGAUGUCCUCUGUAGUGGAACUGGCGCCCAUCUCCGGGGAUGGACAUUUGUGGAGAUGUGGAAGGUUUUGUGGAGCAUAAAUGCUCAUGUCCAUUACACUUGCUUACAUAUCUGGUGGCAGCAGUUAUAUUGAAUAGGGAUCUAACUUUGUAAGAGAAAACGUGAAACUGUGGAGGAAUUGCAACAUCUGGUUCGGUCACCUUGUAACCAUAGAGGCGUUUGUGUUGCUGAAUUUCUCAGGGAAUGUGUUGCACGCAUUUGUUCACUGCUGUUGGAGUUACACCUACCAGCUCACCAGUAUGGCCGGUAUACAUCUCCUCCAUUCUACAGUCUACUGUAUUUGUAAUGAUAUCACUUCUGUCUUUCCUAUCACAGCCAUAGAAAGGACAUGUUGUUUUUGGAAGAAUCCUUUUCUAAUAGAGAAAAAUAACAUCUGGUAACGCUUGUUGAGUUGUACGUCCUACAUACAUUUAUUUCGCUGGUUUAUACAGUUCAUCAUUGGUUGUUGUGUAGUUUGUGUCUGCGUAUGGGAAGUGUUUUACUAAAUAAAUACUGCAAUUUGCUGUUUGGCCUCUCUUGUAAA